UGUCCACUCGUAUACAUGAAACCAAAAGCCUCCAGGGGCGCCCAAAGUGUCCUGCGGGAAGGGGCCAGGCCAGGCCCGGCCCACCGGAACCCUCUGGGUUCCUGCCUUCGGCUAACAGACAAAUGUAUGCAAACCGCCGGCAUGCAAACGGGUGCCUACUUUGGGUUCGGCCAGGUGGGGAAGCCCUCCCAGAGGGGGCGGGGCGGGCCUGAACUUGAGAAGGACGGCGCCGGCGGCCCACGCGAGGGCGCCCGCGCGCGAGAGCACCGGUGCUUCCGUUCCCAAGACACCCUCGGGCGCGGGGGAGGGCGGAGCUUAGCCAGUUCUCGCGAGAUGCGUCACAGGAACGGAGCGGCGGGAGCCGGCGGGGGCGGUGGCGGCGGCAUGGCCGAUGUGUUGGUCUACAGCAAGGAGGGCCCCGGCCGCCUAGGCUGGACGCGGCUCCGCCGGGCCCGCUCCCCGCUGGGCGUGGGCCGCCGAGCGAGGCGCCGAGCCCGCUCCCUGGGCGGUGGAGGCCAGCGGCGGCUGAGGCUGCGGCUGCAGCAGAUCGAGGCGGCCGGCGCGGCCUGGCUAGAAGAGGAGGAGGAGGUGGAUGAGGCCGUGAUAGCGGCUGGAGUCGAGUGGGGCGCGCGGGAGAAGAGGACGCGGAAGAAGAAGGCGCGGCGGCGGGAGCGCGCCGAGCGGGAGCGGGAGCGGCGGGAGCGCGAGGAAGAGCGGCAGCGAGAGGAGCGCGAGUGGAGGCAACUGUGCGAGCUACGGGAGCGGCGUGAGCGCCGCCCCACGGGAGAUGAGAAGGAAAAGCAACGCGGCAGUGGGGAGCGUUCGGCGGCGGGACCCGAGUCCGACCAGGGCGGCGAGCGCGAUUGUCCUGAGGAGGCGCCCCGGGAGCCCUGCCACUUUGGCGGGCGCGGGCAGCCCUUCUUGGUGCGGGGCAAGGCUGGCCUCCUGGUGCUGCUGCACCACGCACAGUCUUUCUCCUUCAUUGGGAAAUGUCGGCUUACCUGUCUCUAUGGCCGAGUGCAAGUAUUUGGUUUUAUCAUCAGCCAGGGCCAGCCGGCCUAUGACCUUUACUCACCCCACACCAACUGUGCCCUGACUUUUGAAGCAAUUAGCUACUUGAUGCCAGAGAAAACCAUAAAGGAUAUGAAGUUCGAAGUCCGGUCUUUGAUCAAAGAUCAUAUUUCUUCAGCCAAUGCAUUUCCCAUGAUGAAGCAGUUUUCUCCAAUGUGUUCCAUCGUCAUGCUGCAACGUCUGGAGACCCCUGCUAUGGACUUCGUCCUCAGUUAUCCAGCUUUUUCUCACCUUUUCUCAGGAAAGAAACAGGAGACGUCCUCCUACACUCUUGAGCAGUUAACUGUGUCUUCUGUUGGCAUUAAGAAAUGUGGGGAAGAAAGUGGCUUUCACUUGUCUGAGAGCAGCAGUUCAGCGAUAGAAGAGUUAAUCACUGCUUGUCGUGAGGAAAUUGAUGGUUGCCCUAUCAUCAUGGCCUGUGGACCAAAGUGUAUUGGCAAAUCCACCUUCAACAGAUACCUGAUUAACCAGCUGCUAAACAGCAUUCCUCGUGUUGACUUUCUGGACUGUGACCUCGGUCAGACAGAAUUCACUCCUCCUGGCUGUGUUUCUCUGUCCAAUGUUACAGAACCUCUUUUUGGUCCACCAUUAACCCAUCAAAGAACGACUCGAAAAAUGGUCUUUUAUGGUGAUUCUUCCUGUGAAGAUGACUGUAAGAAGUACACUGAUAUUGUGAAGUAUGUGUUCAGUGCCUACCAGAGAGAAGCGCCUCUCAUCAUUAACACGAUGGGCUGGGUGAAAGGAGAUGGACUCUUGCUCCUCAUUGACCUUAUUCGAAUGCUGGCCCCUACUCAUAUAGUUCAAUUCAGUUCUGAACAUAGCAAAGACAUGCCCUUGCUCACUCCCGAGUACACGGCAGGGAUGGCAGGUCUGCAGACCAAAGGCAAGACCAGAGGCAAAAAUAGGCACCUGGACUGCAUAGACUCAGAGAGUUCUGGGGAUCCCGAUGAAGAGAAAGGGAGCCAGCCCCACUUGGCAGGACACAAAUUGCUGCUCGUGAAGUCUGAGUUUUCUGGUGCUGGUGUCGCUCAACUGACGCAAUGGCAUAGCCCUGUUCUUCGUGAUAUGGCCUUGUUAGGUUACCUUGCCCUGCUACAGCCACCAGAGGCAAAACCAUUUUUCCCGCUACACCAUCUAGUCCCCUUUCAGAUCCCUUUCAGUUCUGUUGCUCUCCGGGUUAUUCACACUGAUGUUGCUCCUACCCAUACCAUGUAUACAGUAAAUGCCAGCUGGAUUGGUCUUUGUAGGAUACUGGAUGAUGUCAAACAGAAAACUGAUGGACCAGUUUUUCUUACGGACAAUCCAGUCUGUGAUUGUGUGGGGUUUGGAAUUAUCCGAGGAAUCAGCAUGGUGAAGAAAGUGUACUACGUUCUGACUCCUCUGUCCCAUGAAAAGUUAAGACAAGUGAAUUGUCUCAUGAUUGGAAACAUAACUAUUCCUCAUUGUGUCUUCAAGAACCAGCCCAAGAUUGAGGGGGAGAUGCCUUACGUUACUUCUGAAUAUAACUUUUCUAUUUGGGGAGCAGGAAAACUCAGAGUCAGAAAACUUCUGCAGAGGAGAGAAUACCUUUAAUCACCAAUGAACUUUUCACCGAAGACUAGCAUGGAGCUCUUGCUUUUAAUGAGGGAGGGGAGGGGAGGGGAUGCCAAGACUUGACCUGGUUUCUCUUGCUGCGUCAGCAGCGUCCAGUGGAAUGAUGUGAACAAUUCUCCAGCCAAAUGUUGUUAAUAGUUUACAAACAUUUUUGUAUUAAAAUAUUUUCUGAAGUUUCUUCUCAAAAUUACAUGUGAUCUGAAAUGCAAAAAGCAUCCCCCUGACCCAGCAGGGGAAACAGACACUGCAGGAAGAUGGGAGACUCAGUUAGGUCUGAGCUCUGCCACAGGGACUCCAGGACCCUUACUCGGACUUCUUGCCUGGAGAAGGGCAGGGCCACACCAGAUUAUUUGGCCACCUGUUUUUUGCCUUGUCCAUUCAUUGGUGACACUAUAGCUUAUUGACUUAUAAUAAUGUCUUUUAGUCCUAUAGUAUUUUAAAACCCUAUGUGGGAAAUUCUGAAUAUUAUCUCCAUUUUAUAGUUGAGGAAAUAGUCUUAGAUUGGUUUGGGAGGAUUCUUGGAGCAGUUCCAGCUUUUGCUGCUACUAUGCUACCAUCUUGACCCUACCCUUCUGGAAGUAGUUUUAGAGAAGGCCAAGCAAUUUGCCAAAGGUCUCAGCAUCUGCAAAAUCUGGGCUUAUUUCCUUUCCUUGACCAAUAUUCUUCCUCUAUCCUGCCUCCCUAUACAGUGCCUUAUUCCAAUGAGCUCUUUGAGUUAGUGCAUGGAAUAAGGACCAAAAAAGAGGAGAGUUGGGGCAAUAGAGAAGAAGAAGGAAGGAAGACUUGAAUCUGACAUCAGGAAAUCCUGGGGUUCCUGUGGCAUGAAGGUAGACCUCAUCAUCUUGUUGGAUGUGAUGGUUUUAGGGAAGGGAGAAAAUAUGGAUCAGCUACUCAUGUUGGAUCUAGCUGCUCAUAUCCUAAACUGAGGGAGCUUAAUAUCCCUUCUUAAUUCUCCUCGACUGCAUUGUAUUUAAUUCCUGUGGUCCAAUACUUGAGUAGUCGAAGCAAAUCUUCGGCCAUUAUUUAUGAUUUCAAGGAUCCUCAGAAAAGGGACAUCCUGGUACUGUUACAGAACCCAACCGUGCUCUAUUGUGUAGAUAGUAGUCAUGAGUUGUAGCCUAAAGCCUUGCUGCUAUCAACCUUCCAGGUUACGGCUCUCCAGAUUUAGCUAAUUCCUUAGAUGACAGGCAUGCAGUAUGUAUUUGGUUCCAUUUUAUAGGUCUUGUUUGAUACUGUUUCAUUGUCACAUCCUUUGAAUCCAGAGCCAUUCCUCGCUGCAUUGAGGCAUCAGAAUUAGGAUUUUUAUGGGGAAAGUUUCUUCUAUUGGUGUGGAUUGUUUUGUUUUUUCCCAAAAAGUCUGUGGAUGAUCUAUUAUAACCUUUGAAUAAAAUGUAAUUAAUGUUUUUUCAUGUUUUAGCAGGAAUAGCUGGAAUAAAUUAUCUCCCCAAACCUUUUUUAAUUCUGUAGUUUGAUGCUCGUCAGAAUUAAGACCCAAUCAUGAAAUCCAUCUUUAAAUGCUGAUUUUGCAGAUGGUAUAAUUAUCUACUUUUAAAACCUAAAAGUCAACCAUAAAAAUAAGUGAAACAAAUUCAGCAAAGUUGCAGGAUCUGAAACGUUCAUGUGACUCGCCAGUAGGCCUGGAUGUAUUCUUGUACAUUACCAACAAAAUUUAGCAAGAGUUCAUUGAAAAUAACUAGAAGCUAGAAAAUAUUUGGUCAUCUAGCUACCGACAUAUGUCUAGGAAUUAUGUGAAUUCAACUGUAAACAACCUGCAGAAAUAAAGACUAAGUAACUGGAGAAAUGUUAAGCUUGUGGGCAGACCCUGCCUGUAUAAUAAUGAUCAUUCCUAAAUUAAUUAUAUAGAGCUAGGAAAGAAACUUCUCAUGGAAGAACGAAAGGCCACGAAUACCAAGAGUAGGAAGGGAAGUGGAAAGGAAGGAUGCUAAUUAUCGGUACCAGAUUUCAGACUGUACUACAAAGCAAUAAUCAUUCAAAUAAUUUGGUCCUGGUUAAAUUGGUUGAUCAGUGAAACAUAUUACGUGCACAAUGUACAGAAGCAAACAACAGAAGCUUAAUGUUGACUAAUCCAAAGGCUUUGAUUUCCAGAAUAAGGGCUCUUCAUUUGACAGGAAGGGGCUGAUGGGAAAACUGGAUAGCAUUCGGGCACAAAUUAAGUUGAGCUCCAAAACUCAAACCCUUUUAAGCUCCAAUUUAUUACAAAACUUAGAUUUAAAGAUCAUAAUAAAUUAGAGGAACAAGAAAAGAAAUUGGAUUUUUUAAUGUAUAAGUGUGGGGUCAUAAAAUGGACAAUUCUAACUUAAAAUUUUGUACAAACCUAAUGUAAAAAUAAGGGAAACAAAUAGAGAAUCUUAAGCAAGUUUCUCUGGUAGAGGUCUUGAUCCAAGAUACAUAGAAUUAAUUCAAGUUCAUAAAGCAGCUAAGCUAGGAGGUGUCAUGGUGCUCAAGGGCAUUGGACCUGGAACCUGCAGGCCCUGAGUUCAAAGCCAGUCUGACCCUGGGCCACUUUCUUCACCUCUGACUCAAUUCCCUUGUCUGCAAAAUGGGGGAAAUGAUAGCACCUACCUCGCAGGGUUGUUGUGAGGAUUAUGAGAAGAAAUAUGUAAAAUGUUUUGCAAACCUUAUUGUGUUAUAUAAAUGAUAGGUAUUUUAUGACUUAAGGUCCAUUCCCUAGUAGAUAAUGUUGGUCAAAUAUGAAUAAUCAUGAAAAAAAUCCUCUUAAACUACUAAUAAAUGUAAAUAAAGCAGCUAAGGUCUCACAUACCCUUUGGACUGGCAAGGAUGGGAAGGACAGUGUCGAAAGGGCUGUUGGAAAAUGGGCACAUGAGUGCAUUGUUGAGAGGUUAGAAUUAGUGUAGCCAUUCCACAAAGAUACCAAAUCAUACAUGGACCCUUUGACCUGGUUACUUCUAGUAGGCCUAAACCAUAAGGAGAUCAGAGGAGAAGGACCUAUAUGUAGUAAAACGAAUUCUUUUCCUUUUAGCCACUUACUGGAAAUUGGUGGUGAUAUUCUUUUGGGAAUUGGCUAAACUGAGGUAUAUUAAUGAAGUAGAAUCAGUGUGCCAUAAGAAACAAUAAAAUGGGCAAUUUCAGAAGAAAAUUGGAAAGAACUUUGAACUGAUGCAGAAUGAAGUGAGCAGAACAUUUAUCUGUCAACAUAGAGAAAAACAAUUGUGAAAGACUUAAGGCUGGUCAGUUCAUUGAUAAACUAAGGGUCCAGAUGAUUGAAGAAGGAGCAUGUCAUGCACGUGCUCAUCAUGAGGUGAUGAACUCUAAAUGCAUUGGGCAUUCCCAUGUGGGGAUUUGUCUUACUGGACCAGGCAUGUUUAUGGUGGUGUUUUUAUUUUAAUUUUUUUAUUCAAUGGAGGGGGCAGAGGGGAAGAAUAGAUUAUUGAUGCAUGUAAGAAUAAAUAUAUUUUUUUACAAAAUAAAA